GCCCUGGUUUCUAAGACAGUGGGGUGAUAACUAGAACUGAAGUAAUGUCUAAGUCAAACACCCUAAAAGGAUAUCAGGAACGGGGUGAUAACUGUCAUGAUGAUGUUUAGGAAAUAGGCUGUGUCUUAGAAUUAAGAUAUAUAAAGAGGUUGCACAGGAGCAACAGGCGAGAAUUUCAGGAGCUUCUUCCCCAGACUAGAACUGCUCCGCUGAGAGGACUGGACCAAACCCUCCACGGAUUAAUUCGACUUUGAACAGUUCUGCAGAUUCUCCCUGCCUACUGAAGUUGGAUGUGACCUUGCUUUAGAAUUUCUAUCUUUGGACUUUGGACUAAGUCAGAGAAGAGUUCUGAAUUAAGAAGUGAGGAUUACAGAGAGGACCGAAGGACAGAAAAUAUCUUUUUGUGGACUUCCCCUUUUUCUCCACUUCACGGAGGCAGUUUAAACGGACUGGACUUUGGGUGUGGUCGCUUCGGCCGAGUGACUCACUUGAAUGCAGUCUCUUCAAAAAAGGAUUUAAGGACAGAAUUGGACAAUUUCAAGCCUUUGAGAAUUAUUUUCCAGACGAGCAGCCCCACCACAGCUUAAGUAGUAUCACUGAGUUACAGGAGAGAGUAAUACCCCACUGACAGAAGUGAUCUGGACCCUAUGAAACAGCGUAGCUGUCACAGAGUUUGUGGAAGUUGGACUUCAAUAUGCCGAGCAACAAACACAGCUACCACAGUGGUAGCAAACACCACAGGCACAGCAAGGUAAUGUCCAACCCAGCCUUUUCCUAUUAUCCAGGAGACAAGAUGCUUCACUUCUACCUCUGGACUUCACCACCGGGUGUGAUGAAGAUAAUGUGUAUCAUCAUCAUCAUCAUGUGUGUGGCUGUGUUUGCUUGUGUGGCCUCCACACUUGCCUGGGAUUAUGAUAUGAGCAUCAUGGGAGGCGGAACUGGCCUGCUGCCAGGUUACGGGGGCUCUUACGGAGGCUCUUACGGAGGCUCUUACGGGGGCUCUUACGGGGGCUCGUAUGGUAGUGGCAUUGGUGGUGGUUCCUAUUCCAGCUAUGGCUAUGGAGGAACACAAAUGGAUCCCAAAUCCGGCAAAGGCUUUAUCAUUGCCAUUUCUGCCAUUACCUUCAUAGCUGUGCUUGUCAUAUUCAUCAUGGUUGUUUCAAGGCAAAAUGCUUCCCGCUCAUCAAAGUUCUACCUAGCAGCGAUCAUCAUCUGUGCUAUCUUGGCAUUCCUGAUGAUUAUUGCCACUAUUGUGUACUUGGUGGCAAUAAAUCCAACAGCACAGUCCACAGGGUCUGUGUACUAUAGCCAGAUCAUCCAGCUAUGUUCCCAGUACCAGAACCAGAACCAGGCCCAGGGCCUCUUCAUUAACCAGUACCUCUACCAUUACUGUGUGGUGGAGCCUCAAGAGGCAAUAGCUGUUGUUCUGGGCUUUCUGGUGUUUGUCGCCCUCAUCAUCCUGAUGGUGUUUGCAGUCAAGACUCGCCAACGGAUCAGGCGCUGGGGCCCGGAACGCAUUCUCUGGGAGGAAGUCAAAGUUGUCAAUGUUGGUCGCAACAGCGUUGGGGAGUGGGUGACCAGCGUGUCUGGUAACCUAGAUGUGCUUGUUAAUGGCCGUAAUGAGAAAGUUGGGGGCUCUAGAGACUAUUUAGACCAGCUGGACUACAACAAGCCUCUCUACCUACCAGGAGACUCUGACAUCAGCAGCUCUGUGGGAGGCCUGCAGCCCAGGCUGAGGGACUAUGACACUGGUGUGGAAUCUGGGGAUGACCUAGAGGAGGAAGACUUCAGUGUUCUGUUUCCUCCCAUUGUGGAUGAGCAAGAGCGUCUGACCUACAAACAGGAGUUUGACAGCGAUCACAAAGAGUACAAGAGCCUACAGGCUGAACUGGACAGCAUAAACCAGGACCUGGCUGACCUGGACCGAGAACUGGACCGACACCCUGACGGCAGUCCACAGUUCCUGGAUGCCCUGAGUGAAUACAACAGACUGAAGAACCUCAAGAAGUCUUCAGAAUACCAGCUUAAGAAGAAGAGGUGUAAAUAUCUCAGAUCCAAACUCUCGCACAUCAAGAGAAAGAUCAGCGAUUAUGACCGCCGACCCUGAACCUUCACCCAGCGCCCUGUCUAUGAACUGAAAGAGAAAUCUACAGUUUAUCAUGUACCAUUGUAUAAUUAUAUUGAUGCUCUCUUGCCUAUGAUAUGUGUAAGCCAAUCAACUAAGAUUUUUUUUUUUUCAACAAGAAAAGGAUAUAUGAAAUGUGGAUUUUCUAUCUUGUCUUUUUUUCCCUUUUUUUUUUUAACCUCUUUUCCAUAAGGAGCAUUUUAAAGAACAAGGUUCACAAAAUGUAUUUUGUUUUUCUCCUCAAUUUAGAAAGUGAGAGAUGUGAUCUGAAAUGUUUUACAUCAGUGCUGCUAAUUCACAGCUUUAUGUUUAAUGAUGGCACAGUUGAGAUGAGACCUGUAAAUUUGUUUGGUAUCGAUAAUUGUGUAUCUCUUGUAAAUGUUUAUUUUUAAUCUUUAAAUUUCUCUGAAGUAAACCUUGCUGUACUUUAUUACCUUCUCAUGGUGGAUACAAAGAAAACAUCUAAAUCUAUUAGUAUGGGCACACAGUUUCUUAAUUGCACACAGUGCAUAAACAUUUAGGGAUCUAUGCGCUGUUAAUUUUUGUCUCUAAUUUUUGUACUACAUUAAACUACCACGCAGCAUUGUUGGUAUAUAUUUUUUCCACUGAUUUCAUAGAAAUGUUAUCCCUUGCCCUCUUCCUAAUGUAUGCAGUGUGUACAGUAUGAGUUGGAAUCACAAAGGUAUCUGCUUGUAUAUAAUAUAGUGUACGCUUCU